AUCUCAUAUAUAUUGGUCUGUCAAUUGAUUCAGUUCUACUCCCAAGUUGGGAACUUCGCUCUGUAUGCCUAGAUUUACCAGAUUGUCUUUCUAUCUAAGGGCAAAUCCCUUAAACCCAAUCCCCCUUUCCUCAACUCUGAAACUCUCUCAAGAGUCUGACCCUUAAACCCUAAAAUUUUAUACCAUCAGUAACCCAGUUCUCAGUUUCACUCUGUAAACAAGAGCAACCCUUUAAUCCUCCUCCUCUAAAAAAGGGGGUCAAUGCUAGCUAUUUUGAGAAUGAAGUCCCUGAUAUUCCCAGCAGUUUCACCGCUCUCUCUUUACCUCUCAAAGACCGCUUUUUGCUGUUCAGCUUCAAAAAUUUCCAAGCUUUGCAAUCCUUGGGCUCUCCAAAACCCCAAAUUUCUCCAUUUAAACCCCAGAUUUCCUUCACCGAUGACCCCAAUCUAUUCAAUUUCAAACAGAAAUAUGCAAACAGAGGCGUCUCAGUUCACCUCACCGCCGUCCGGCGAGAUUCAUGUGAUCGUAGGCCCCAUGUUUGCAGGGAAAACGACGACGCUGCUUCGUAGAAUCCAAGCCGAGAGCAAAAGUGGCAGAAGGGUGGCAAUAAUUAAAUCAAACAAGGAUACAAGAUAUGGAUUGGAUUCAAUAAAGGAGCUUUGGUUCGGUGCUAGAUAUAAUUCCUCUGUCUGAUUCUGUGACAAAGUUGACUGCUCGUUGUGAACUCUGCGGGAAACAGGCAUUCUUUACCUUAAGGAAGACUGAGGAGACACAAACAGAACUGAUUGGAGGAGCUGAUGUCUACAUGCCUGUCUGUAGACAGCAUUAUGUCAAUGGACAGGUUGUUGUAGAGGCUACUAGAAUUGUCUUAGAAACUCAGAAGCUUCAGUGCAGCUCUUUUUCAUAGUUCAUCAAAGCUUGCUCUCACAGCAAGGCAUUUAGGUCUUCCUAAAACAUUAAGCUAAAAAUAUUACAUUGUCCUGAAGGGACUUCAUGAAAUGCUCUUGUAAGAUAAGAAUGUGGACGUAAUUAUAGGUUGCUUGGCUGAAUAACCGAGUGCUGUAGUCUGUUUAACUCUAAAAAUUCUUCUUACCAUGGAAAUGUGCUGGAAAUUUUGUUUAUCA